CGACACUGAACCUUCACUUACGGCAUAUCGUAAAGUUAAGCGUCUAUGUGCUUCUCUCUGAAACACGAGCGUGUUUUUGUUCAUUUGUUUUUUUUGUUUCCAUAGUUUAAGUCCAGAGUGUCCUCAGCUCUCCGCGGAGCUGGGCCGCAGGAGUCGGGCCUUAUAGACAGAAAAAUGGCUAACGGAACCAUUCAGUUCCAGGAGAAGGUCAACAGGAUGCUCAGCAAAGAGCACGGAAAACCUGUACUUAGACCUAACAAGAUGUUGGCUCUGAAAGACACCGUGGGCAACCGAAAGUUAAAACAAGGAGGGGCCACCUGCGUCGCUGAGAUGUACGUCCUGAUGGCUUGUUGGAAACAGAACAACUUUGUCGACAGUUUGUGCUUCUCUGAGGUCGAUACCUUCUACGCGUGUGUGAAGAAAGCUCAGGCGGCGCAGAGCAACAAGUCUGAAGUGAUGAAUAAUCCCGGAGGACGUCUGACACCGAAACAAGCCACAUCUCUGCUCAAGAGGUUUCCCAACCCGCGGAAAGAGAUUUAAGAGGAAAAUAUUUGCUUUUAUAUGGUCGACUUUAUUGCUAAAUUAGAAAUGACUUGUUCGGUCGACCACCGUGAUGUAAGAUUUGUACAUUUAUUGAAAUAAAGCAGUGUGUAAAUCA